UCCUACAUAUUGCUAUCUGCGUUGGCUUACUGCCUGACGACCGCCAAUGCAGAGAUUGCAGCUCAUCGACCGGCUCCUCACGGUACGUUGGUGGCCAACAGUUUCGAAUACGGCUCGAGCCACCUGGGAUUCUCCCUAGGCUACCUCCGCUGGUACUCUCUAGCGAUGAUGGUUCCUUUUGAAAUCACCACUGCCAUGGUCAACCUUGGCCUAUGGAAUCCCGAGCCCAAAAUGGCGGUUCGCCUCUCGAUUGUCGCGAUCCUGAUCCUCCUCUUCAACAUGCUCCCGCAACGGGCUUUCAGGCGAACCGAGACCGUGUUCACGGGCUUGAAGAUCGUUACCACCGCUGGCUUGGCCCUGUGCUCGCUGUACCUCGCCAUCAGAGGUCUUCCCGGUACGCCCGUCCGAGGCUUCCGCUACUGGCACGAGCCUGGCCCCUUGAACGAAUACCUAGUCCGUGGCAACCUAGGUCGCUUCUUGGGCUUUCUGCAGUGCCUCCUCUACAGUGUGAUCUCUUUCACCUUGACCCCGGAGAUCACGGUCCAAAGGGCCGAGCAGUUCAACAACGAACAGGGCCCGGGCAUCUUGAGCAGGGCUAGAGUGGACAGUGUCCAGUUCUUCGUGCUGUACCUCCUUACUGUGUUCAUGAUGACUUUCGCCAGUCCAUUUGACGAGUCUCGCCUGACAAAUCAUGGCAUGGGCGCUGGGGAGUCGCCGUUCAUUGUGGGCAUGAACCGGGCCCAAAUCCCUGUGCUGCCUGUGAUCGUCACCGCGCUUUUUUUCCUGUCGUCGAUUGCUUCCGGGCGCUCUUUCCUAUAUAUCUCCUCGCGCGCACUGUACAACCUGGCCGAGAAUGGCCAUGCCCCCGCCCUGUUCGCGACUCGAAAUCGGUGGGAAGUCCCAUAUGCUGCCAUCAUCGCGUCUGCUACGUUCUCGCUGUUUGCUUUCAUGUCCCUGGCGGAGUCCAGCUCGGCAAUCUUCAACUCGCUGAUGUACUUCAUCACGACGUCCGGCUCCAUCUCAUGGCUGUGCUCAUGCAUCAUCUGUUCUCGACCCGGGGCAUCACGGAGUCGGUCCCAACAUGAUUUUUUCCCCCGCGUGGCCCUAGUGAAUGUGUGCUCGGCUUCCUGUCAGGACUCGGAUCCGACCACAUCGUUGGAGUCGGUCCUGUCGACGGCGACAAGCGGGUGCUUGAUCCGACACUGGUCCCAUCUUCCUCCUCCUCGUCUGCAAUGGGCUCCAGCACGCGAACAUCGUCGGAUCCGGCUUGGCUGGAGAAGUCGUUUCCGCGCAGCUGUGACCCCCUGGGCUUGGACACGGAGCGGGUCCCGGACUUGGAAGCGCCCGCGGUGGCCGACGGGUAGACACAAUCACGGUUGCCCUUGCGACAUCGGUCGCAGAUGGGGCGCGCCUCAUCGCACUUGAUCCGGCGGGAGCGACAGGUGAAACAGCCGCUGCGGGUACGCUUAUGCUUCUUUUGGUCGGAUGUGGGUUGUAUGAGCGAUU